AUGUCUUUAAGUAUCGAUAUAGCUAUUGUUAUAUCGAUUACUUUUAUUCAAAUCACAGCUCAGCUAAAGAUCUUUAAUUUCUUUGUAAUAAUAUGCACUAACUCGUACUCGCUUUACGAAUGCAUAGUAAAGCUAAGAACUAUUAAGGAAAAGCGCCUUAUAAUCGAUAUUAUAGCUAUUCGAGAGUCAUACGAGAGGCGAGAGCUCUUUAAGCUAGUUUUGACCAAUACCUUAAAGGUGCAAGUGGAUAGAUAA